AUGGACGCAACAGCUCAGCUCACCGAGCUCUCCGACCAUUUCGGCGACGUAGAGAAAACAGAGCUUGCAAUGCUUGUCGGGCAAGGAAAACCAAGACGAAUUUGCGAGCUUGAACAGACUGUAGAGAAAUUUGCAAAACAUAUUGAGCAUGUUGGGGGGCGGCUGCCUGAACAAGCCGAAUCAGAUGGCCAUAAUGAGGACAUCGAGCUGCGACUUCCUUCACAACCUCCAUCUCCAGGCCCAAAACAAGCAGACCAUCAAUCAGCGGCUGAGACUCAAAGCAGCUCGACUGUUGAGGUGGCAGGGAAGUCUAGUCUGAGGAAGCGUCGCCGAUGUACCAAUGGCAGUCCAAAUUUACAGACAUAUGUGACUGGGGACGGAACCAAAACACACCAUUUCUAUGGCUCAACUUCUGAACUGGUCUUUCUUGACUCGGUUAGGGAGUAUGUCCAGCAACUUGGCUACGAAGUCCCAGCAUCCGGGAAUCUAUGGCGCACUAAUGUUGAUACGACUCAAACAAGACUUGCUGACAAUCAGCCCAAAUCAAACCUGGCAGCUGAUUUGCGAUCGCAAUUGCCCUCCCAGCGGCUUGGGGCGAAGUUGAUCGAGGUAUAUGCUCAACAUGUUCAAGCACAUACACCAAUGUUAUAUUGGCCUUCAAUACUGAUCAAAUUUCAACGAAUCUACACGAGAUCUCCUUUGCUACGUUAUGAAGAAGGCCAGAUAGCAGCCGACUUUUGCAUUCUAAUGAUGGUCUUCGCUGUUGGAUCCCAACUGUCCGAGUUGGCAGAGGUCGGUCACAGAAGCGGUCAGCAGAUGAGGAACGGGUGGGGCUUCUUUGAAGCAGCCAGAAAGUGCCACCGGUUAAUCAAAUCCACCUACAAUUUGGACGAUGCCAUCAUCACUCUGCUUAUGAGUAUCUACCUCCUCGGGGCGUCUCUGCCCAGUCCAUGCUGGGUCAUGGCCGGAACAACGUCACGUAUCGUGCAAGAUCUCGGUCUGCACAAACGACCUUCCCCACAUCAGCUAUUCAAUGUCGAAAUCGAAUCUCGAAAUCGACUCUUCUGGGGGGCCUACAUGGUUGAUCGGCUCGUGGCACUUACGUUCGGGAGACCUGUCUUGCUCUUGGACGAAGAUUGCGAUGUUGACCUCCCUGGUAAUGUGGACGAGAAAGGAAUCACGUCUCCUCACUCAUUGCAUUUCUUCCGAACGAGCAUAUCAGUGGUAUCUCUCCUUGACCCAAUCAUCCAACUCGAUGCCGUGCCCCGGAACGAAGAAAAUGACGUCGAAACAAUGAUGCAGAUCGAUGCCCAACUGCUCUCUUGUUGGUACAAGUAUCCCGGCGAUUUGACCAAUGAUGAUGCGGAUGGAAGUAUUGAGCCUUCUACCUUGAAAAUCUUAUUCAUCACACAGCAAGCGCGUUUAGCUUUAUUCAGACACUUCACCAAUAGUGCUCUCAACAAUUCUUUCCGGAGUACAUGCCUGAAGAAAAGCGUUGAGACCUCCAGACUGACGGCCAAAAUCGUGCUUAGGGUCGCCAAAGGAGUAGAUUGGGAGGAUGGGAUCGCCCAUCGCUGCAACGACAUUGUGUACAAUCACAUAUUCCGAGCCUCUAUCGUCCUUUUACUAGAACACCGUCUCAAGACAUCGUCUGCUAUGGGAAAAGCGCAGGGGCCUGGUGCUGCACAAAACAAAUACAUCAAUAUUCUGUGGCAGUCACUACGAGCGGCUGCACAAACCCAUCUAACCGCUGCCAAGUCGUUGGAGCUGCUUCAAGUCUUCGCCAACACCUUGAAUUUUGACCUCAGCCUCACAGAGGAGAACUCUGACCAGUAUGCUCCAGGAGACGGGACUGAUAUCCUGAUUCCACACGGGUCAGAUACAAGGACUUAUGAAUCUCUAGCUGCACCGGAUUUGACGGCAAGCACUGCUUUAAUGACAGCUGAUGUGCCAUCCCCAUGCCCAGAGAUCCAGCCGCGACCAGAACCGAGUUCAGCUUUAGGAACAAACUCUCCCAGUCAUAUGCUGGCGAUGGGUCACACAUUUCCCAAGGGGGAUGAUGCAGGAGCUGCGGGUACCGUGCCAGAUGAAGAGGGGUGCCUAGGCCCCGAAAAGCGACCUUCACCAGGCCAUGGUAGCAUUGGGUCCGAAGACAUGGACUGGGCAAUGUUCCACGAACUGCUUGACCACGACAGCAUCUUUGAUAUGUAUGCAGGGGGAGUGAAUGGGAAUGGCGAUUUUCCAGUCGAAUUCUAA